UCCACGUGCGCCACAGCCAUGGCGGCCCCCGUGCGGGUCGGGAGCGCGGCCCCGGUGCCCGCCAAAGCCCGAGGCCCCGCGCGGCACGUGGCACAGCAGAUCCCCGAGGAGAUCCUCGGGAACGCGGAGCUGCGGGAGGCGGCGGAGGCCCUGCCCCCCAACUACAACUUCGAGAUCCCCAAGACCAUCUGGCGCAUCCGGCAGGCUCAGGCCAAGAAGGUGGCCCUGCAGAUGCCGGAAGGGCUCCUCAUGUUCGCCUGCACCAUCGCUGACAUCAUUGAGCGAUUCACGGAUGCACAGGCGGUGGUGAUGGGCGACGUGACCUACGGCGCCUGCUGCGUGGACGACUACACGGCCCGGGCCCUGGGCGCUGACUUCCUGGUGCACUAUGGACACAGCUGCCUGAUUCCCAUCGACUCCACGCAGGGGCUGAAGAUGCUCUAUGUGUUCGUGGACAUAAAGAUCGAUGCAUCCCAUUUCCUUGAGACCAUUCGCUUCAACUUCGCAGCAGGCACCUCCCUGGCCCUGGUCAGCACCAUCCAGUUCGUUUCCACGGUGCAGGCAGUGUCACAGGAGCUGCGCUCCCAGUACAAGGUGUGUGUGCCCCAGUGUAAGCCGCUGUCCCCAGGAGAGAUCCUGGGCUGUACGUCACCCCGGCUUGCUCAGGACACAGAUGCCAUUGUGUAUUUGGGCGACGGCCGCUUCCACCUGGAGUCCAUCAUGAUUGCCAACCCUGGGAUACCUGCAUACAGGUACGAUCCCUACAGCAAAGUGUUCUCCCAGGAGCACUACAGCCACGAGCGCAUGCACCACGCCCGGCAGGACGCCAUCCGCACGGCCACCAGUGCCCGCUGCUGGGGCCUCAUCCUGGGCACGCUGGGGCGUCAGGGCUCCCCCAGAAUCCUGCAGCACUUGGAGUUGCGUCUCCGCGCCCUGGGCCGGCCCUACGUGCGGGUGCUGCUGUCUGAGAUCUUCCCCAGCAAGUUAAAGCUCUUCCCAGAGGUGGAUGUGUGGGUGCAGGUAGCCUGUCCCCGGCUCUCCAUCGACUGGGGAGAAGCCUUCAGCAAGCCACUGCUGACACCCUAUGAGGCUGCUGUGGCUCUCCAGGACGUCGAGUGGCAGCAGCCUUAUCCCAUGGACUUCUACGCCAGCCAGUCCCUGGGGCCUUGGACGGUGAACCACGGUGGCACACAGCCCCCGCGCCGCGGGCGGCCGGCACAGGGGAAGCCGCCCGCGCCCCCCGCCCCGCCCGAGGGUGGCGAGCAGCCGAGCACCGGAGGCCCCGCAGCCUCCUGAGUGCAGCC